UCAAACGAAAAGAGCGGAACGCAAGAUCCACAGUAUAUUUCACUAUACAUGUGUGUGUGUUUUCCCCCUUAUGUUUGCGUAUUCAAUUAACAGAAUAAAGCAGUUUAAAACAAGGACGUCCCAGAGCCUGGCAGGAACCUGGAAAGUUGAACCUGAAAUUGCAGCCCGUAGAGAAUCUGGAGGAACCGGCGGCUCAGCUUCAUCCCUGAGGAGGGAAAUAGGAAGCCCCGGACUGGAAUCCAGGAGCUGAGCUGAUCCAAACCCCGAACUGGAUCUGGCUCGCCAGCAGCAGGAGCCUGUUGCUGUCGGCGGCUCGGUGACGCUGCGCUGUCCGCCGCUCGAUCACAAUCCCCGGGGGUGUGACGAGGAAGCGGCUCUGCUGCUGUGAGAGGGAGCCGAGUGAGUCCUGCUCGCUGCCCGCCCGAUGGGGUCUGAAGAGCAGAGCCUGGGUGAGAAGUUACUGGAAGAGGAGGAAACCUACCCCCAUCACAGGGGCUCCGUGCGGGUCCUGCAGAAGGGCAAUGGACGAGCACUGCCAUUCUGCCGGAAGAUCUGCUUUGCUGUUGGAGGUGCACCAUAUCAAAUGACAGGAAAUGCUAUUGGUUUCUUCCUCCAAAUAUUUCUGCUGGAUGUUGUUCAGAUGGAGGCUUUCUAUGCAUCUCUGAUCUUGUUCAUUGGUCGUGUUUGGGAUGCUUUCACUGAUCCUAUUGUUGGAUUCCUUGUCAGUAAAAGCAGAAGGACAAGAUUUGGCAAGUUGCUUCCUUGGAUAUUAUUUUCCAUGCCAUUUGGGGUUGCUUCUUAUUUCCUGUUGUGGUUCAGUCCUUCCUACACAAUGUCGUGGAAAUACAGUUUCUUCUGGUAUCUUAUGACCUACUGUGCAUUUCAUACCUGCAUGAGUUGUUUCCACGUGCCCUAUUCUGCUCUAACCAUGUUUCUUGGUGGUGGCCAGCGUGACAGAGAUUCAGCGACUGCAUAUAGAAUGGGAGUGGAGGUUGUUGCAACACUGGCUGGAGCUGCUAUUCAAGGUCAGAUUGUGGGAGCAUAUCACGUACAAACUGCUGAAACAUGCCGCAUGAUGCAGAAUGGAACAGAACUCAACAACACCUCCCCGUUGGUAAACAGCCUCAAUAACACGAAAUGGGCUUACAUGCUGGCAGCCAUGGUGAUUGGGAGCCUUUACUUUCUCUGUUCAUUGAUUCUGUUACUUGGAGUAAAAGAGCACACAGGAGGUUUUGCUCAAAAGGAUCAUCUCCAUGUGUCAUAUGUAACAGGCCUGAAGUUGGUAAUGAGUCACAAGCCAUACCUAAGCCUAACAUUUGGCUUUUUAUUCAUCUCAUUGGCUUUUCAGCUCGUCCAGAAUAAUUUUGCUCUGUUUUGCACCCACGCUGCUGGUUUGGGAAAUCACUUUCAGCACAUCAUCUUUGUGAUUCUGGUCUCUGCAACUGUCAUGGUACCAUUCUGGCAGUGGGUCUUGGUAAAAUUUGGCAAGAAAAUAGCACUGUUUGUGGGACUUAUUUGGUACAUUCCACCUUUGAUUAUCAUCGCCACAGUUAAUGGUAAUCUGCCAGUUAUUAUUGUGAUGGCCAUUGCUGCUGGUGUUAGCCUUGCUGUUGCUUUCUUGUUGCCAUGGUCAAUGCUCCCAGAUGUAGUGGAUGAUUUCAGAGCAAAGAACCCUCACUGUGUAGACCUUGAACCAUUGUUCUACUCAUUCUAUGUGUUUUUCACUAAAUUUGCUGCUGGAGCUUCUCUUGGAUUUUCAACUUUAUGUUUGCAUUUUUCAGGUUACAGACCAGGUUCCUGUGAAUACAUUUCAUCUGUGGCAAUGACACUGAAGGUGUUGAUAGCACCAGUUCCGAUAACCCUGCUGUUGAUUGGUUUAAUAAUAUUUUACUUUUAUCCAAUAAAUGAGGCACGAAGAAAAGAAUUAAAGAUGGAGCUUGAAGGAGUUGUGAAAAGCUGGGAAAUGGAACUGGAAGAGAAUACCCUUUAAAAAUAACCAUCCCCAUUGUAAGAACUGAAAUCUUUGCAGAUUCUGGCUUCAGUUGGAUUGAGAUGCAGAAUUCUUGGAAUGCAGCUGUAUGGGCUAGUCGUCACCAAAGUGUGCCUCCUUGUGUAUAUUACCAAAUAUGGCUCAUGACUGAGCUGAACUGUCAUGUAGACACAGCUCUAAAAUGCAGACUGAAGUAGAUGUCAACAAAUUAUAUCUCUUUACCCAACAUGGCUACACUACAACAUGAAACUAAAAUAAAGGGAGUUUAUAUCUUUA